UGUUGCGUUACUUUGCUUCCAAAGAAAGGGCCAUUUGAAAAGCAAAAAAAUUACCGAAAACAAGAACAGCCACCAAGCAGAACGAGUCAGACCGAAACAAUGUCGGCUCUUUCUCGAAGCCGUAAACUGGCGAAUCUGCUGUGCAUCGUAAUGAUGUGCAUGAUUGCCGGAAGCCCCGCGAAUGCAUACACGGACGCCUGCACAAAAUGUUUUUGCAGUGCCAAUAUGGUCAGAAAUUGCAGCAACCUGGGACUGCUGCCAGACAACGCCUUUGCCAACUUCCACACCGCCACAUACGUCGAUCUAUCAGAUGCGCAGCUCACUGGCAUCAGCGCCCAAGCCUUUGUUGAUUUGAACAGCUUGUCAUCAUUAGUUUUGCGCAACACGCAACUAGCAUCGGCUCCCACUGCAGCCUUCAGCAGUAUUUCAUCUUCUCUACACUCCUUGGCCAUCACGCUUCCGAUGCUCACUUCCAAUGCAUUCGUGGCUCUAUCAAACCUGGAAACUCUGGACCUAGACGGAAGCACGUUUACAACCAUUCCCAGCAACGCCUUUGCCGGGCUUUCCGAUCUCGAACUGUUGAGUUUGUACAACACCUCACAGCUCACCGAACUCCCCAGCAAUGCCUUUGCGGAUCUUUCAAACCUACAGCUCCUCGACUUGUCGCUAAGCGGCAUGACUCGCAUUGCGAGCAACGCCUUUGCGGGAUUGUCCGAUUUGGAAUCCCUAGAGCUCAUCAAAUCCGGAGUGACGAUGCUUUCUGCCAACACUUUUAGCGGCCUGAGUUCAUUGACGUACUUAACCCUGUCACAGUCGCCAAUCGCGGCGAUCGAUCCAAACGCAUUUGCAGGUCUGACGAGUUUGCAAACCCUAUUGAUGCCCCAGAUACUCGUUACUUCCAUUGCUCGAGGAACCUUUUCAGGACUACCAGCUCUGCAAAGCCUAGGAUUGCCUCGUGGCCAACUUUCAAACAUUCAGACUGGCGCUUUUGAAGAUCUUGGGAAUAUUCAACAAAUCGACCUUUCGUCGAAUGCGCUGUCAGUCCUGCCCCCGGGGCUCUUUCAGGGCCUCAGCCACUUGAACACGGUAAACCUCAGCAACAACAGCUUUGUGGGUGCCCCAGCAAGCACCGUCAGCACAGUCACUAGUCUAUUGCCAUGUCAUUAUCUGUGUGCCACAUGCUGGAGUACUGCCCAGACGGCGUGCUGCGCUCCGGGCUGUUUGAAUUGCACAAGUUCAGAGUGUACGGAAUGCUAUGGCGGAUAUACCCUCGUUGGCGGCAGCUGCAUCUCGCCCGACCAGAGCUCCAGCUCUGCGCUGUCUGUCCAGUCCAUCACCUCGGCGAAAUCCGCGCAGUCUGCCAAGAGCGUGGCUGCAGUGUCCAUCACUUCCAUUUCUUCCGUUCAGUCCGUCGCGUCGGUCUCGCUCAGCUCUGUUCAAGCCGUUGCUGCCUCGCAGGCGUCCGCUUCCGUUGCGAGCGUCACUUCGCUCAAAUCGGUCGUCUCCGCGUCCGCUUCAGUUGCGAGCAUCCUUUCAAUCACUUCAGCCAUCUCCGCGUCCGUUGCAACUGUAUCCGUGGCCUCUCGUGCGUCUGCAAGCGCGGCAUCCGCCUCGAGCGCAAGCUACGUUCGGGCUACCGAAGCAAGCGCAGCGUCUGCAAGUCUGGCAUCCUUCGCAUCCGCAAACGCGGCAUCCGCCUCGAGCGCCAGCUACGUUUGGGCGACUUCAGCAAGCGUGGUCGCCGCUGCAGGGCAGAACACAAAGGACGACGCGUCUGCCGUGCCCGUUAUUGCUGGCGCAGUUCUGGGCGGAAUUGCAGUGCUGUUGGCAUGUGUCGUUGUCCUACUCGUGCUCCGCCGUCGCCGCAAGGCCCAAUCCGGACUCGCCCACAUCCAGUCAGAUGUGCCUUUGGUUGCCUUCCAAGCAAAUCCGCUCGCGAACGGCUCGUCUCCCAUUUACGACACUGCCCAAAGUCCGACGUACGAAGCGGUGCAAAAGCCAGGCUCCGCCUACCAACAGCCAGGAAGCGCAGCGUCGCACUAUCAACAGCCGACGCACUACCAGGAGCCGACGACGCCAGCCAGCGAGUACUAUGCCACGCCGUUGCAUCGGAUUUAUGACAAGGCCGUGCCCAUGGCGAAAAUUUUGCGCCAACAGCUGCAGCUCGGCGAAAAGCUCGGCUCUGGCGCAUUUGGCGUGGUGCUCCGCGGUCGGCUGCCUGUGAACCUUGUAGCGCCCAAUUUCGUGCGAGACAGCAUGCAGACGCACGUUGACGUUGCUGUCAAGACCAUCCAACCAGACGCCAAUGAGAAGUCGCAGCGCGAGUUUGCCGACGAGGCGCGCAUGGUCGCAAAGUUCAACCAUCCCAACAUUGUGGCAUCGGUUGCAGCGCUGCUGGAAGAGCAGCCGCCGAUGUUUGUGCUGGAACUCAUGCCAUACGGAGAUUUGCAAAAGCUGCUCCAAAAGUCCCACGUUCGGAAUCUGCUGUGGACGGAGGCAGAGCAGGCGCACGCCCUCGCGCAGGUUGCAGCUGGCAUGACCUACCUCCAGUCGAUUCAGUUUGUGCACCGAGACAUUGCAGCCCGCAACUGCCUCGUGGGACACGAGCUGGCCGUCAAGAUUUCGGACUUUGGGCUCUCGCGCGUCCUUGCCGAGGAAAAGGAUUACUACAAGAUGCAGACCAAAGGUCGAGUUCCAGUCAAGUGGAUGGCACCCGAGUGUUUAAACUACCGCAAGUUUACACAUCAAAGCGACGUGUGGGCCUUUGGCGUGCUUGCUUGGGAAGUGUUCUCUUAUGGCUCAUCCCCUUACAGCGAGGUCGAGAGGCACGAGUUGCUGACAAGGAUCGAGGCGGGACUUCGCCUAGCACAACCCGAACACUGCUCGAGCGACGUGUACCAGCAUGUGCAGCGCUGUUGGAACCUUGAUCCGGCAGCGCGGCCCAGCUUUGCCGAGUUGAAUACGGUGUUUAGCCAACUGUCUGCUGGGUCGACAAUCCGAGACAUUGGCACCUUGUUGUAGGCUUUUGGUUUUCUCCCCACACACACACACACCAAACCCAAAACAAGGCUCAGGUCUGCAUUAUCGUAUUAGAAUAUGAUGCAUGAUUGAGUGUAAUGAUGUAGAAUGAUGAUCAACUGCAAUAAAAAACGUGUCAUGAGAAAGCUG